AAAGAGCGCUUGAUUCUGGCUUCAUUUCAGCGCGCAGGUUGACGCUGCUGACGCCGCUCCUCCGCCAUCUUCAACUUCCUAUUGUUUGCAUCAGACUGAGGCUGUCUGCGGUGUGUGUGAGAGCAGAAUCGGCCACCGAUUUAUCAUUAAAUAGUAGAUAUAGUCUUUACGUUCGCGGUCGCUCAAGUUCAGCACAAACCAUUUGUAUGUCAUUGGAUUAAAGACCUCUCAGGACGCGACCACUAAACCUUGAUGAUGGAGGACGAUCAACCCAGAACCUUGUAUGUGGGGAAUCUGUCCAGGGAUGUCACCGAGCCCCUCAUUCUGCAGGUCUUCACACAAAUAGGACCCUGCAAGAGCUGUAAAAUGAUAGUUGAUACGGCUGGAAAUGAUCCGUACUGCUUUGUGGAGUUCUAUGACCACAGGCAUGCUGCUGCCUCAUUGGCAGCCAUGAAUGGAAGGAAAAUAAUGGGUAAGGAGGUCAAAGUCAACUGGGCCACGACGCCAACCAGCCAGAAAAAAGACACAAGUAAUCACUUUCACGUCUUCGUUGGAGACCUCAGCCCAGAAAUAACUACAGAAGACGUCAAAGCUGCCUUCGGUCCAUUUGGCAGGAUAUCAGAUGCUCGUGUUGUGAAAGAUAUGGCUACAGGGAAAUCUAAAGGCUAUGGCUUUGUCUCUUUCUUCAACAAAUGGGAUGCAGAGAACGCCAUUCAGCAGAUGGGCGGUCAGUGGUUAGGAGGCAGACAGAUUCGAACCAACUGGGCCACAAGGAAGCCCCCCGCCCCAAAGACCACCUAUGAAAGUAACUCCAAGCACCUAUCCUUUGAUGAAGUAGUGAAUCAGUCCAGUCCCAGUAACUGCACUGUGUAUUGUGGCGGAGUCAGCACAGGACUGACAGAGCAACUGAUGAGACAGACUUUCUCUCCCUUUGGACAAAUCAUGGAAAUCAGAGUUUUCCCCGACAAAGGCUAUUCAUUUGUGAGGUUUAACUCCCAUGAGUCAGCAGCCCAUGCCAUUGUGUCAGUGAAUGGCACCUCAAUAGAGGGCCACAUAGUCAAAUGCUACUGGGGAAAAGAGACCCCGGACAUGAUGAACCCGAUGCAGCAGAUGCCUAUACCCCAGCAGAGCAAGAUGAGCUUCCCUGCGGCAGCCCAGCACUAUGGCCAGUGGGGCCAGUGGUACGGCAACGGGCCCCAGAUCAGCCAGUACGUCCCGAAUGGGUGGCAGGUCCCCACCUACGGCGUCUACGGCCAGGCCUGGAACCAGCAGGGCUUCAAUCACUUACCGGCCAGUGCUGGGUGGACUGGCAUGAGCGCCAUCAGUAACGGUGGGGUUAUGGAGCCUACACAGGGAUUGAAUGGGAGUAUGCUAGCCAACCAGCCCGGUAUGGGAGCCGCAGGAUACCCCACACACUGAUAAGUGGGCAGGGUGGGAGAUUUGUCAACCCGCAGCCUCUUAUUGGCUGUACGGUACCCUGCGGGGCUGUGUAACACCGCCUCCACUUGUGGCAGGACUAAGACUUUUACUGGGACGUGGAACCUAAUGGGAAGGUUGGCGUCUUAUAGGAGAUGUAAAUGGGAU